GUUUGUAAUGAGAAAAGUUUAUUAUUUCACAGAUUUCACAAAUGUAAACUGUUUACAUCUGAGCAUGAGCAACUCAAAUCUGGACUUGACUCGACUUAUAUUGGCAAAUGACACAUACUUUGGACCUUUAAUGGCGGCUGCAGCAACUCAAACCCAGCUAGACUGGAGCUGCUCCCGCACUCCUCCUUUGCCAGGAGUUAGCUUGUAAUAUUUGUGUACUUCGCAGUCCCUCCCCCGGACAGCCGGCCGCAACUUGAUCUCACUUCCAGCUGCUGUUUGCUCUCCUCCCAAUGAAGCGGUCUCCUAGAGGCUGGGAGUCAGGCUUAGGGACCACAGGGUGCGCUAAUAAUUACUCGCUAAUGUUAGCUAACUGCAAAGUCAGCUUCCCCUGUACGUGCAAAUGCUGUUGGAAACAUAAAACAUAGACCGUUAAUAUUAAUAUACAUAAAGUCUAGGGUUGAAAAUUGUACAAUCAUUUCAAAAUGAAGGCUUUAAAUAGCCCAGUAAACCUAGCUGGGGAUUAUUCAGGUUACUACAACAUAAACACACAGAGGAAACACACUUGUUACCAGAUGGGUGUUGUUUAAGUAACAUAAUUUUACUUAAAAUAGAUAUUCACUUAAUAAGCAUGUCUUCUCUUCAAAACAAUAUUAGCUAUGUUACAUAUUUUAAGAACAAUGCCAUAUAUACAAAAACCAUAUCACAAAAGUUAGCAAUGAUUGCUCUUUUUUAAUUCACUAUUUAUUCAUGAUAACAAUCACUGACUUUGGAAGUUUACAAAGACACAGUGAAACUAUAGCCUCACUCUGUCCUUUCUGCCCAAGUUAAAACAAGCAUUACUGUAUAAUAACUAACUAUUAGCAUGCAAAUCCAACUAAAUUGACUGAACUCAUAUUUGUAACAGUAAAUUAAUACUUUGGAAAAGUGUUUCUUCCCCUCUUUUUGUCUAGGCCAGUUAAAAUAUACAAAGGGCCAGUAAAACCCUGAUCUACAGGGCCAGUGGGGAAAAAUGUCAUAUUGGACACAUUUUGACGGGUGAGAAAAGUUUGACCAGCUGGUGGCACUAUAUGAACUUUUAGAGGAUUAAAAGUAACAAAAGAGAUUAAUCUUCUGGGCACCUUGAAUAACUGGCAAACCCUUCAUUAAUAUUCAAGACAUUUCACUAAAAAAGUUAACCACCAGCUGAGAGUACAGAUGGUGUCCUAAUGAUAGCCCUAGAUUUGCAAAAACUCUUGCGAGACACUUUACAACAACCUAUACUAACCUUAACCACUCGAGGUCUAUGACUAACACACAAGAACUUUCACAAAUCUUGGGUCACCAUCUAGAGAUGCCCGAGAGUCAGUAGGAUCCGUCCUCUGGGAACCACGGAUGUCAAAGUUUCAAUGCAAUUCACGGCAACAAAUUCAAAAGAAGGGUGUACGUUUUUUUUAUCCCAUGCUAAUUAACAGGCAUGAGGGGAAAGUGUGUACGUGUGCCUGUAACAGGCUUUUGUUGUUUGACUCAGCCUCAGAAUGUUGUUUGCCUUGAGAGGUGUCACCAGAUGGGUAAAGUCAGAGAAAUGAGCUUGUAAACACUGCAGGGCAUAUUUUAAGUGCAGAAGAGUUUAAAUAGCACAGUUGUGAAGGCUGUGUGACACACUUUUUCUACAAACAGAAGAUACUUCAGAGAUAAAGGGGAAAUAAGAUCACUGGGUGUGUUAAAAAGACUUUCCUCCCUUUUCAGUGUGAAAAGGGACUUUGAGCUGACAUUCAAGGUUCAUCCAACACAGAGGUCAAAAAUGAAGAGUCUGGUUGGGUACUUUGUGCUUAUUUUGGUAUUUCUUGUAAGCUGCACGGAACAGACUAAGAAACGCAAGAAUGUACUUUCUUCCCAAGGAACAGACUGCACACAGAUAAAGGCUCUCAUGCCACAAGCAUCCAGUGGCGUUUAUGUAAUCCAGCCUAAAGGAGUCAACAUCCCAUUUAAGGUGUACUGUGAGAUGCGGCCGGACGGAGGCUGGACGGUGUUUCAGAGGCGCAGUGGAGGGGCAGUUUCCUUUAACAGGAAAUGGGCUGCAUAUAAAAAGGGUUUCGGAAACUUGACACAGGACCACUGGCUCGGUCUGCAGAUGAUUUUCUCUCUGACCAAGAACAAGACCAAGAAGUGGACCAUGAGGGUUGACCUGUGGGACCACGAAGAUGUCACUGCUUUUGCCGAGUACAGAAACUUCAGAUUGGGCAAUGAACAAGCAGCUUUUAAACUCCAUGUUGGGAAAUACCAAGGAAAUGCAGGUGAUGCCAUCCGUGGUGCCUAUUCUGGCAUCGACCAGAAUGGCUACGGCUUCAGCACCCCCGACCGUGACAAUGACGGCUGCUCCCCGUGCAUCUUUGGUGACAUCGCUGAAGCAAAAUGCACAAAUUCAAACGGCGGGAGUUGGUGGUACAGCCGCUGUGGUUCUGCUAGUCUGAACGGCGACUGGCAUCCUGCCGGGGACCACAUUGGUUGGGCGUCAGGCCUGUACUGGCACACCUGGAAGAAGCCUGCGCAGUACUCCUUGAAGGCCACCAGAAUGAUGAUCAAGUCUGCGUGAGAGGAGCCACAUUACUAGCUUUUGUUGUAGCACGGCAUUACAUUUUAGCCAUUUCAAAAACAAAAAAUUGAUUUUAUAUGCAAAUCAAUUUGUGUUUUUGUUUUAGAUACUGGUGGUAAUAACAC